CUUCGCGCCUCUCCUCGCCGACGCCAUGCUGCAGUUCCUGCUUGGAUUUACUCUUGGCAACGUGGUUGGAAUGUAUCUGGCUCAGAACUAUGACAUACCAAACCUGGCUAAAAAACUAGAAGAAAUAAAAAAGGACUUGGAUGCCAAGAAGAAACCCCCUAGCUCAUGAGGCGGACUCCAGCACUGCCUUCUGGAUAUACCGAUUCUGCUGUUCUUGAGGGCCUCCUUAACCAUCUGAACCAAAAGUUUUUGUUUUAAAUUCCAGCCUCAAUAAUUUUCCUGUUAGAUCCUGCAUUGCCUGAGAGCACAGAUGGGGCCACAAGUUAAGAGCCACCCUUUUCCAGCUUCCUCACCUGUCCCUUCCUCCUUCCAGCCACUUGAGACGGCCUAAGACUGGAAUUAUGGUGCUAGAUUAGUAAAUGUGACCUUUAAAACAAACA